AGUUAGGGUUUAUCAGGGUUUUUCUUAAACUCUCAUUAGCAGAGCCAUGUCUCUCUACCGGCUUCUCCUCCGUUCACUUCGCCGCCCCUCCUCCGCCGCACAAACCUCAGCCCCAUCCCUCUCAGCUCUCCUCCACAACCCACGCGCUACUCCUGAAACUAUCCUCACAUCUCCCAGCCCUCACUUCUUUACCCGCCGCUCCUUCGCCUUCUCCUCAGCAGAGGAAGCCGCUGCAGAGCGCCGCCGCCGGAAGCGCCGCCUGCGCAUCGAGCCGCCACUCCACGCCCUCCGCCGCGAUCCCCACCCCCCUGCUCCCCGGGAUCCUAAUGCCCCUCGUCUUCCUGACUCCACCUCGGCACUGGUUGGCCCGCGCCUUAACCUUCACAACCGAGUUCAGUCCCUAAUUCGUGCCGGAGACCUAGACGCAGCUUCUGCUGUAGCUCGUCACUCUGUCUUCUCCAACACUCGUCCCACAGUCUUCACCUGCAACGCCAUUAUCGCCGCCAUGUACCGCGGCAAGCGCUACAGCGAUGCCGUUUCCCUCUUCCAGUUCUUCUUCAACCAAUCCAACAUAGUCCCGAACAUUGUCUCUUACAAUAAUCUGAUUAACACCCACUGCGACGAGGGCCGAGUCGAUGUUGGUCUCGAGAUCUAUCGCCAUAUAAUUGCCAAUGCGCCCUUCAGCCCUUCUCCGGUAACCUUCCGGCACUUGACGAAAGGGUUGGUCGAUGCUGGUCGUAUUGGGGAUGCCGUGGAUCUCUUGAGGGAAAUGUUGAACAAAGGUCACGGCGCGGAUUCGUUGGUUUUUAACAAUUUGAUUUCUGGGUUUCUCAAUUUGGAUAAUUUGGAGAAGGCAAAUGAGCUUUUUGACGAGCUUAAGGAAAGGUGUUUGGUUUAUGAUGGGGUUGUAAAUGCGACGUUUAUGGAGUGGUUUUUCAACAGUGGGAGAGAGAAGGAGGCUAUGGAGUCCUACAAGUCUUUGCUCGAUAGGCAGUUCAAGAUGAUUCCAGCUACUUGCAAUGUUCUGUUGGAGGUGCUGCUGAAGCAUGGGAAGAAGGUUGAGGCCUUGACUUUGUUCGAUCAGAUGUUGGAUAAUCACACGCCUCCCAACUUUCAGGCUGUCAAUUCAGAAACGUUUAACAUAAUGGUCAAUGAGUGUUUCAAGCAUGAGAAGAUUGAAGAGGCCAUUGCAACUUUCAGGAAGGUGGGAACUAAGGUAAAUUCCAAACCUUUUGCUAUGGAUGUUGCUGGAUAUAAUAAUAUCAUUACUAGAUAUUGUGAAAUUGGGAUGUUAUCGGAUGCCGAGACUUUGUUUGCGGAAUUGUGUUCGAAGUCGUUGUCUCCUGAUGCGAAUACUUACAAGACUCUUAUUGAUGCGUAUCUGAAAGAAGAGCGGAUAGAUGAUGCUUUGAAAACAUUGAGUAAAAUGGUUGAGGCUGGCUUGAGGGUUGUUGCCAGUUUUGGUAAUAGGGUGUUUGAUGAAUUUAUUAAAAAUGGUAAAGCAGUAGACUGUGCGCAGAUUUUAAAGAAAAUGGGAGAGAAAGAUCCUAAACCGGAUGUCAGUUGUUAUGAGGUUGUGAUUAAGGGGCUUUGUAAUGAAGAAUCAUUUGAUCCGAGCCGUGAUUUGCUUGAAGAGAUGAUAAGAUACGGCCUUGGGGUUAAUCCUACUCUGCAACAAUUUGUAAAUGAGGCUUUUGGCAAAGCUGGUCGUGCUGAGGAGAUUGAAGGAGUGCUAAGCAUGAAUCGAUGGGGACACACACCACCCUCUCGAAUGGCAGGACCUCGACAGCAGUCAUUUGGCAGAGCUCAAAUUAGAGGACCUGGACAAAUGUCUGCACCUGAGAAUGCAGGAUAUCCUCCAAGGACUGGAUUUCAACAGCCACCACCAUCAAGGCCUGCGCAGAUGGUUGGGCCGUACCAAAUGGCAUCAGGAACGCCUCAAAUGACAGCACCACCGCAAAACACUUAUUCAGCAUCCUCUCAAAUGAGUCCCCAAAACCUUCCAUUAGGGGCUCAAAUGACAAGGCCAUAUUACCCACAUUCGCAGUCUUCUCAGAUGGGAGCACAGUAUCAUCCAUUAUCUGGAGCCCCUGAAAUGGGACGACCCCAACACCCGCCAGUAACAACUCCCCAAAUGGCAGAACCUCCUCAUAAUGGAGGAUCUCAGUACCCUCCAGUAACAACUCCCCAAAUGGCAUCAGGAGCGCCUCAAAUGACAGCACCACCGCAAAACACUUAUUCAGCAUCCUCUCAAAUGAGUCCCCAAAACCUUCCAUUAGGGUCUCAAAUGACAAGGCCAUAUUACCCACAUCCGCAGUCUUCUCAGAUGGGAGCACAGUAUCACCCAUUAUCUGGAGCCCCUGAAAUGGGACGACCCCAACACCCGCCAGUAACAACUCCCCAAAUGGCAGAACCUGCUCAUAAUGGAGGAUCUCAGUACCCUCCUUCUAUGUCUUCGCAAGUGGGAGGAUCCCACCAUCAUCCAUCAGGAACCUCUCAAAUGGCUGGAUACCAGCAACAUCAUCCACCAGGGCCUCCACAACCAGCAGUACCAUAUUAUCAUCAAAUGUCACAGGCUUCUCAAAUGGAUGGAUGGUCUUCAGGAGCACCAUCACACCCUCCAUCAGGACACUCACAAAUGGCAGGACCAUAUGCUCAGCAAUCAGACUCUUAUAGAACGUCUGGACAGCAACAUUUGCAGUCAGAAUCCCAUCAGCCACAAGUGGCAGACCAGGUAGCGGCUGCUUGAUUAUAAUUAUUUUUUGAAUAGCCAUUGAUGGCAAUCCCUGUGCUUUCAUGAUGUUACUCUUACAAGUAUGCCAAUGCUGACCAUUGAUUCUCUUUUAUGUUCUAUACGUGUACGAGGACAACAGAUUAAUUAUUCAUAAAAUAUUCUUGUAGUUUUGAGCUCUCAGUAUUGUGGGCUCCUUGAUUAUAAAUAAUUUUGGUAUACCCUUGUACACUUUUGCCUAUAUACUAUAUUUGGAGCUGAAUUUUGAGCGAAUGAAGUUGACUGGCAUUGGGCCAAUUUUCCUU